CUGUCCACUCUUCUUCAGGACGCCUUCCAUGCCUUCCACCCUGACCUUCAUUUCGUGCGCAAGUUCCUGCGGCCCCUGCUGAUUGGCGAGCUGGCCCCCGACGAGCCUAGCCCUGCCGGAGUGCAGAAUGCACAGCUGGUGGAGGAUUUCCGAGCCCUGCGGCAGACGGCUGAGGACAUGAAGCUGUUCGAGGCCAACCCGGCCUUCUUUGCGCUCCUGCUGGCUCACAUCCUGGCCAUGGAGAUGCUGGCCUGGUUCCUCGUCUGCCUCCUGGGCCCUGGCUGGCUGCCCAGCACUCUCGCUGCCCUCAUUCUAGCCCUUUCUCAGGCUCAGAGCUGGUGUCUACAGCAUGACCUGGGCCACGCCUCCGUCUUCCGCAAGUCCCGCUGGAACCACCUGGCCCAGCAGUUUGUGAUGGGGCAUCUGAAGGGCUUCUCGGCCCACUGGUGGAACUUCCGCCACUUCCAGCACCACGCCAAGCCCAACAUCUUCCACAAGGACCCGGAUGUGACCGUGGCGCCCGUCUUCCUCCUGGGAGAGUCGUCCGUGGAGUAUGGCAGGAAGAAGCACAGAUACCUGCCCUACAACCACCAGCACCUGUACUUCUUCCUGAUCGGCCCGCCCCUGCUCACGCUGGUGAACUUCGAAGUGGAGAACCUGGCGUACAUGCUGGUGUGCAUGCAGUGGACGGACUUGCUCUGGGCUGCCAGCUUCUACUUCCGCUUCUUCUUGUCCUACGCCCCGUUCUAUGGCAUCCCCGGGGUGCUCGUGCUCUUCGUUGCCGUCAGGGUCCUGGAGAGCCACUGGUUCGUGUGGAUCACGCAGAUGAACCACAUCCCCAAGGAAAUAGGCCAGGAGAAGCACCGAGACUGGGCCAGCUCCCAGCUGGCAGCCACCUGCAACGUGGAACAGUCCCUCUUCAACGACUGGUUCAGCGGGCACCUCAACUUCCAGAUUGAGCACCACCUCUUCCCCACGAUGCCCCGGCACAGCUACCGCAAGGUGGCCCCCCUGGUCAGGGCACUGUGCGCCAAGCAUGGCCUCACGUAUGAGGUGAAGCCUUUCCUCACAGCCCUGGCGGACAUCGUCAGGUCCCUGAAGAAGUCUGGGGAUGUAUGGCUGGAAGCUUACCUCCACCAGUGACAGCAGGGCCAGACUCUGGCCAGCGACCACCGGCAGACCAGUGAGUCCUCCAGCCAGGGCCCCCCCCCCCCACCUGUCUGCUGGUGGAACUGAGGGUCUCUGGUGGCACAUGAAGCCAGCCCGCAGCAGCCAUGGCGUGUUUUCCGAGAGCAGAGAUUUGGGGGGAAGCUGUUAUUUUUCUAUUAAAUCCUGAUGUAUGGGGAG